CUUGCGAAUCUGAGUUUAUACUAAUCCAAUCUCUCUGUUGAGCUCAGGUUCUGAGGUAAAUAAAGUCUUUUUCUUGAAAUUGGUGGGUUCAAGAGAUUGACGAUAAGUUUCAGAAUUAGGAUGCAAGAGAACAAGGGUCAUUACGUGCCACCUUCUUAUAUUCCAUUAACACAGUCAGAUGCUGAUACUGAAGUUGAGACCACUACUCCAAACCUGGAAAUUGCUGUUUCUGAAAGCACCAAAGACGAUCCGAUACAAUGGUCAUCUGGUAUAUGCGCGUGCUUCGACGAUAUACAGAGCUGUUUAGUAGGUUUGUUCUGUCCAUGUUAUAUCUUCGGCAAAAACGCAGAGCUUCUGGGGUCUGGAACAUUUGCAGGACCUUGCUUAACCCAUUGCAUUUCAUGGGCUUUGGUCAACACCAUUUGCUGCUUUGCAACUAAUGGCGCAUUACUCGGUCUACCAGGAUGCUUUGUGUCAUGUUAUGCUUGUGGAUACCGCAAAUCAUUAAGAGCCAAGUACAAUUUACAGGAGGCUCCAUGUGGGGAUUUUGUAACACACUUCUUCUGUCACUUGUGUGCCAUUUGCCAAGAAUACAGAGAGAUUCGAGAACAUAGCAGCGGCUCAUAUCCUCCCGACAUGAAGAUGGCUAUCACCAAUGCCCCCUCGGCUCAAACCAUGGAAUCAGCUAACUGAUCACUUUUGUCUCAUUGAGUUUUCUUGUUUAUUUUGUAGAUGACAUUUUUCUUUUCAUCGACUUUUGCAAUGUAUUUGAGAAGUUUGAUGAGUAAAGUAACUUUCUAAGGUAGUUUAUCAUAGAUAUAAAAAGAAUUUGUGAAU